UGGCAACCUCGAACUGCCCAAUCUGGCACCCACGUGGUUACUCAGAGCCCCGAAAGUGAAGCAAAAGCAAAAGUGGGAAAAAGUCCUUGUGAUUGUUCUGGAAGACCGGGCUGUUUGUGGUGAUGGAGAGGUUUGGCGAUGUCAUGCGUAUGUGCUGCCAGGUUUCAUCCAAUCAGCAGAUGAAGGCAGCAGUGAAGAAUUCUGGGAAAGGAGCGGUGGUAGCAGGAGGAAGUGCAUUUUUAGGUGGACUUCUUCUCGGACCCGCUGGAAUUGCUGUCGGUGGGGCAGUCGGGGGUCUCCUGGGCUGGGGGAUGACAAGUGGUCAGUUUAAACCAGUUCCUCAGAUCCUCAUGGAGCUUCCCCCACAGCAGCAGAGGAAGCUUUACCAGGAUGUAAUGGCGGUUUUGGGCUCGUUGGACUGGAGCGAUGCUGUGCAGCUCAUUGCGCUUGUGAUAGGGAAUGCCAGCCUACAGGAGCAAGUAAUAGCUGCAAUCCUCAACUUUGUCACCAAAGAGCUUCAUGCUGAGAUACGAUAUGGAGACUGAGCAUGCCAACAGCAUACAACAUCAUUAUCAUCUGCAGCUUUUAGCUGCUUCACCUCUGUGUACCUUUAUUUUAUUUUAAUUUGUUGCAUAUUAAUAUUAUUAUCAUUAUUUGGUCCAGCAUGGUUAAAUGUGAAAUUUGGGUUUUAAUUUAAAGCCGUGUGCUUAGUUUUUUGUAAGAAUUUAGUUUGAGCAAGAUAAACAUGUCCAUUGGAGAGAUUAGCUCAAAUAAGCUUAAAGCCACUUCCACAUUUUCAUUAAUGAUCUCAGGAAUUAGCUGUUCUCAUUUCCUCAUGCCAAAAGUUUUAUCAGCUCAUAUACAUGCCCACAUUUUCAUAGUGGGGUCUGAAGACAUGCUCACAUAGACACCAGCCUUCUCUUCUAUAAUUUAACACCAUAAAAAUUAUUUCUCCUUCAGUUUGUUUGUUUCAGACUUGUUAAAAGUGUCAUCACUGCAGAAAUAUUACACAGAUACAUUGAGUGUACACUUCUCCAGUGUUAACAUAUUAAUGUUUCCCAUUUUUAUCCGUUAUGCAACAUUCAUUUCAUAUUUUCUACAGACUCAUGUUUGUAGCUUUAUUGCUGCUGGAUCUAAAACAGUCUCAUCACUAAUAUUUUCUGAAUUUAAAGUAUAACAGUGUUUUUGUAUAAAAAGUUAAUAUGUCCAAAUGAUGUUUUCAAUGAAGAUGUUUAUCAUACAAUGAAUAAAACUGACAGAUUACCGAAAUA